AUGCGGACGUACAACACGCCCUAUUCAUUGCUUGUGCAUCAAUGCCAGCUUAACCCCAAAGUAUUAAGCGUAGAUGAUGUUGACAUGCCCAGUAGCAGGAAAGGCAUUCGCAAUGACGAGAGCGAGGAGGACAAUGCGAUGGACAGCGAAGAGGACAACGACAAGGAUAGUGAAGAAUGA